AUGACCUCGAACAAGGAAGCAUUGGAGAGCAGGUUUUCGAUCAGCCCCGAGGCACUGCGUGAGCUCAUCAGCGAUGGCGGACAUGCAGCCUCAAAGAGGCUCGCCAACAUUGGUGGGCUCAGGGUACUCGCAUCACAGCUUGAGACAGACCUUGCGCGUGGCAUCGACAACGCCGACAAGGAGGCGCUGGCUCAGCGUCGGGAGUGGUUCUCCGCAAAUGAGCUUCCAGAAGCGGAGGAGAUGUCGUUCCUGGACAUGGUCUGGGAGUCGCUGGAGGACCGUAUGGUUCAGAUUCUAAUCGCCAGCGCGGUGAUCUCGCUUGUGCUGGGGCUAACGGUGCCGGAUCAGGACACGGGGCUCGUGAACUACGCCCACGGCUGGAUCGAGGGCACCGCCAUUCUGCUCUCUGUCACCAUAAUCACUCUAGUCAGCAGCAUCAAUAACUACCAGAAAGAGCAGAAGUUCAAGGAGCUGAGCAAGGCUACACCGCCGGUGAAGGUGCAGGUGGUUCGCUCUGGCGUCACGCUAGACAUCACGGACAAAGAGCUGCUCUCCGGCGACCUGCUUAACAUCGCCGCAGGUGACGUGCUGACGGUAGACGGCCUCGUCCUGCGGAGUACCUCGCUGAAAGUGGACGAGUCUGCCGCGACGGGAGAGAACGACGACGUGGCCAAGUCGGCACACGGCGACUUUGUGCUCCGCUCAGGGUCGAACGUUACGGAGGGUGAGGGCACGAUCCUCGUCAUGGGGGUUGGCGUGCACUCAUUUGCCGGACACAUCGCGAUGCAGGUUCGGGAGCCAAAGGAAGAGACCCCGCUGCAGGAGAAGUUAGAGGCGCUUGCAAACCUCAUCGGCUACAUGGGCAUGGCUGCCGCUGGGCUCAUGUUUGUGCUGCUCAGUGGCAAGGAGCUUCUGGACACGCUUGUCUACCGCAAACACCCGUUCGGCUACAAGAAGUACCUCGACAACUUGACGACGGCGGUGACGAUUGUGGUCGUGGCGGUGCCGGAGGGGCUGCCGCUCUCCGUCACCAUUGCUCUCGCCUACAGCAUGAAGCAGAUGUUCAAGGAGAAUAACCUCGUCCGGCACCUGGCGGCCUGUGAGACCAUGGGCAGCGCGACCACAAUUUGCACCGACAAGACCGGCACCAUAACCCAGAAUGAUAUGGUCGUGACUGACGGCGUGACGGCGUACGGCGUCGCGUAUGUUGUACCCCGCAAGCGGUCCACCUUUGUCGGAGAGGGUGAGAGGAUGUGCAGCGGGACGCCGUCCCCACUGUCACCGCUGCUGCAGAUGCCCACGUCUAUGGACGUAUCAGCGGUACUCGGCGGCGCGCAGGCUGCUGGUGUGCGUCGGUUGCUCAUGGAGUGCAUCGCGAUGAACACUAAGUCUACCCGGGUCCUGGUCGAGUCGCCCAACGCGACGCAUGCAGUGGUGCAGCUUACUGGCAGCAAAACAGAACAGGCGCUGCUGAACUUUGUGGAUGCGCUGGGUGAGGACCCGAUGCAGCUGCGCAGAGAGCGGUUGUCGAGGCUCAAUGAGGAGGCAAUAUACACACCGUCGUCUCCGUUCGCGCUGGUGCCGUGGCCUACGGGGAACGCAGGGGCGAGCAGCAACGUCAUGGCCGCUGCAGCAACUUUUACUAAAGACCUACGCAUCUACCCCUUCACCUCGGUGCGCAAGCGGAUGGCGACGGCGCUGGUGCUGCGGCCGGAGAAGGUGGUACGCUACUACGUAAAAGGAGCGAGUGAACUGAUACUAGCCGAGUGCACACACACGUACGAUGAGCAGGGCAAGCGUGUGGGUCUCUCCCACGAAGUGCGCGUGCGGCUGGAGGAGGCGAUCAUGGCUAUGGCGCGCCGCCAGUUACGCACCCUUGCCAUCGCCUACACGGAUCAUCCGUUGUCACCGCCUGGAAGCGCCACACCACGGGGCUCCAGCGACAGCGAUGAGGGUGGCGCCGCGUCUUCGUUACCAUUCCUGGAGGACGAUACACAGUUGUCGGGGCUGACAUUGGUGGGCAUCGUAGGAAUUCGUGAUCCGGUGCGCCUCGAGGUGCCUGGGGCUGUGGAGCAGUGCCGUCGGGCGGGUGUGAUUGUGCGCAUGAUCACUGGGGACAACAAAGCCACAGCUGUAAGCAUUGCCAAGGAGGUGGGCAUCUACGGUGAGGUCUGGUCUGGAGCCGCGAAGGGCGAGCAGGGAUUGGCGCUGGAGGGAUCGCAGUUCCGCGAGCUCGCGAAGAGCGCGCGCAAGCUGAAUGCCAUUCUGCCCCGCCUGCAGGUCAUCUCCCGUGCAUCUCCGCUUGACAAACGCAUCCUCGUCUCGGCCUUGAUGGAGCGUGGAGAGGUGGUGGCGGUCACGGGCGACGGCACCAACGAUGCACCGGCGCUGAAGGGAGCCAAUGUCGGGUUCUCGAUGAACUCCGGCACCGCGGUCGCAAAGCUCGCCUCUGACGUUGUCAUCCUCGACGACAACUUCAGCACGAUCGUGACCGCAAUGAAGUGGGGCCGUAAUGUGAAUGACAACAUCUCCAAGUUUCUACAGUUUCAGAUGACUGUGAACUUAGCCGCCGUGGUGGUCUCGUUCCUUGGCGCGCUGCUGGACCGCAACGGCGAGUCGCCGCUGAAGCCGGUGCAGCUGCUGUGGGUGAACCUAAUCAUGGACACGCUCGCCGCCUUGGCGCUGGCGACGGAGACGCCGUCGGAUGAGGUGCUCCUGCGGCCGCCGAAGCCGAAGGCAGCCCCGCUCAUUACCCGCCGCAUGUGGCUGAAUAUUGUCGGCCAGUCCCUCUACCAGAUUCUUAUCCAACAGUAUCUGCUCUUGGGCGGCGUCAGCGCGCUGGGACUCGCUAUGCGGAACACUGAGGAAUUGCACACCCUAGUCUUCAACGUCUUUGUUUUAAUGCAACUGAGUAACGAGUUCAAUGCACGCAUCCUCGACAACACCGUGACCUUCUGGCACAACCUGAGCCAUGCCCCGAUGUUCAUCGCUGUCGUCGGAACGACACUUGCCAUUCAAAUCUUCAGCGUGCAGUACGGUGGCACCCUCAUGCAGUGCGUGCCUCUUUCACUAGCCUCGUGGAUGACGUCCUUCGCGCUCGGUGUUGUGCCGCUUUUCAUUGGCUUUGCGCUGCGCAGGAUUCGCGUUGCUGAGAAGGAUAUUCCACCUCCGCCGCCAGUGGUGGAUAUGAAGGAGGAGGCGGCACUGCGGCUGGCGUUGAAGCAGCGAGUCCACCCCACGCUUCGCAUCGCUGCCGGAAAGGUACGGAUGCAACUGCAAGUGCUGAAGGCUUUCCGCGAGAAUGCACAGGAGCAGAAGGCAGCGAGGACUCGAAGUGGAUGA